AUGAGGAAAGAAAAGCAACAUUGGCUCCUCAAAACCGAGCCAGGAAAGUGGUCAUGGGAUGACCAAGCUUCCAAUGGAGGCAUAUCCAAUUGGGAUGGAGUGAAAAAUAAGCAAGCCCAGAAGAACCUCAAGGCCAUGAAACUCAAUGACCUUUGCUUCUUCUACCACUCUGGGGCCAACCAGCGCCGUGUUGUUGGUGUGGUUACUGUAGUGAAAGAAUGGUACGAAGUAGGUGCCGAAGGAUUGGUGGAUGUCAAAGCAGUGGGGGAGAUGAGAAGGCCAUUGGACUUGAAGGAAUUGAAGGGUGAUGAAGGGUUAAAGGGUUUUCAAUUGUUUAGGCAACCUAGAUUGUCAGUUGUGCCGGUUUCACAGGAGGUUUGGGAGAGAGUUUGUGAGUUGGGAGGUGGGUUUGAAGGGGAUGGAAAAGCGGAUGUGGAUGAUGAUGAUAAUGGCGAGGAGCAGUAG